AUGGGUAAAAAAGUAAAGAAGGAAGUAGAGCCUCCACCCAAGGAUGUGUUUGAUCCUUUAUUGAUUGAAAGCAAAACAGCAGCAACGGUUGUGCUAAUGCUUAAUUCUCCUGAAAAGGAAGUUUUGGCCAAAGCAUGUGAUGCUCUAUAUAAAUUUGCAUCAAAAGGUGAUGAAAACAAAGUGACACUUCUUGGUCUUGGAGCAGUGGAACAUCUGUAUAAACUCAUCUCACAUGAAGAUCCAAUUGUACGCAGAAAUGCCAUCAUGGUAUUUGGCAUCAUGGCUUCUAAUCAUGAUGUCAAGAAGUUACUGAGGGAACUGGAUGUCACAAAUUCACUUAUAUCACAGCUGGCGCCAGAAGAAGAUGUAGUUAUCCAUGAAUUUGCUACUCUGUGUCUAGCACACAUGGCUGUUGAAUAUACUACUAAAGUACAAAUAUUUGAGCAAGGUGGAUUAGAACCACUUAUCAGACUGCUAGGUAGCCCUGAUCCUGAUGUUAAGAAGAAUUCAGUUGAAUGUAUCUACCUCCUGGUGCAGGAUUUUCAAAGCCGUGCUGCAGUUCGUGCAUUGAAUGUAAUUCCACCCUUGCUGGAACUACUGAGAUCUGAAUACCCAGUUAUUCAAUUGUUAGCCCUUAAAACCUUAGAAGUAAUUAGCAAAGACGGAGAAACCAGGAUAAUACUGGGAGAAAAUAAAGGAUUAGAUUGUGUUCUGAAGAUACUGGAAAACAAUGAAUUCAGUGAUCUACAUGUGGAAGCUCUUGCUGUGUUGGGAAAUUGUCUGGAAGAUGUGCAUACUCUGCAACUGAUUCAGCAGACAGGAGGCCUUAAAAAGCUCCUUUCAUUUGUAGGAGUCUCUACUGUUCCCGAUAUUCAGAAGAAUGCAGCAAAGGCAAUUACCAAAGCAGCUUAUGACUCUGAAAAUAGAAACAUCUUAAAUGCGGAAGAGGUUGAGAAGUGUCUUAUAAACCUUUUGGAAAUUGAUAAUGAUGGAGUUAAAGUUGCUGCUUCCCAAGCAAUUUCUGCCAUGUGUGAGAAUUUAGCUAGCAAACGUGUGUUUGGACUUCAGGGGAUUCCCCAGCUAGUACAGUUGCUAAGCAGUGACAAUGAAGAAGUAAAAGAAGCUGCAGUGACAGCAUUAGCUAAUUUGACAGCAGGCAGUCCUAGCAAUGCAAGCGCUGUUGCUGAGGCUGAAGGAAUUGAACCAUUAGUAAAUACCUUGAACGCUCAGAGAGAUGGAGCCAUUGCUAAUGCUGCCACGGUGCUAACGAAUCUGUCCAUGCAGGAGCCAUUCCGUGUAAAUAUCCAGAGCUGCGGUAUUAUGAGUGCGCUUGCGGAACCGUUGCACUCGACCAACACCCAAGUGCAAAGCAAAGCAGCAUUCGCUGUGGCUGCGUUUGGUUGUGAUGCUGAUGCAAGAGCUGAGUUAAGAAAUGCAGGUGGACUGCGACCACUCGUUGAAUUGCUGCAUUCUAAGAAUGAAGAAGUCAGAAGAAAUGUCUGUUGGGCUGUUACGGUCUGUGCAAGUGAUGAACUAACUGCUGUUGAACUAUGCAGGCUAGGUGCUUUAGACAUCCUAGAAGAAAUUAAUCUAUCAACAGGGCGCAAAAAUAACUUUAGCGAAGCUGCUCUGGAAAAGCUACUUGAUAACAAUCUUUCGCAAAAGUACAGCCGGAUGGGAUAUUUAUCAUCAAGUAACAUCAUUACUGAUGGAUUUUAUGACUGUGGUCAGAUAAAACCUGGAGUGAAAUUUUUAUCUUUGGAGGAACUGAGUAUGCAGGAGCUUACUGACCAUCGGGCCAUAAUCUUCAUUAAUGCUAAACCACAAGAAGAUGUCCUUGCAGUAGAGGAAAAGGCACAAGAUUCAUCUUAUGAACAGACUAUCUUGUCACCUUCUAUUACAAGAAAGAGCAGUAGAGAAAAAGCAAGGUAUGUAUCGUCUCCAGUGGAGGAAAAGCAGGGGUUAUCUGGACAGCGAUCUUCACCGAGCAAAAGCAGCGCUAGAGAAAAAGGAUCACAAAAAGGGAAGGCGAAAAAAGAAGAGGAAAAAAUGAAAGAAGUUACUGAGAUUAUGUCUAAAGUCCAGGAUGAAAUAAACCUAGAAAAGACACAUUGGCUACCACCACCUGACUUCAUUUUACUGGAUUACAUUAAUGAUGCUACCAAAACAAUUCUACCACUGACUACUACUCGGGAACAAGUUGUGGCUCUUGCACAGUUUGUUGCAGACAAGAUGGGUGGCCCAAUUGAAAGAGACAAACUACAUGACUUCAGCUGGGAACUUCACAUAAGUGAAAUAGAAUUUGAACUGAAAUGCAACGUUGUGCCUAUCGGGAAAGUAAAAAAAGGGACGUUCUACCACAGGGCAUUACUUUUCAAGGUGAUAGCAGACAGAAUUGGCAUUGGCUGCAGCUUAGUUCGUGGCGAGUAUAACAGAGCUUGGAAUGAAGUUAAACUGGUUGAUGAGUCUCCUCAAGGAAUAGCUGGGCUUCUGCUCCCUCCUCAGGAGUAUAUUGUAGAUCUAAUGUUUGAGCCAGGCUUCUUGAUGAAACAGGGAAGUGCAGAGGCAGAUUGGUACAAACGCAUUUAA